CAUUCAUUGAAUUUGAAAACAAAACAACGUGGUCCUGUUUCAUGGAAGAUCAUCGUUUGUGCGGUUUCAAUUUUGCGAAGAAAUUUUAAGUUUAUUGCUUAAAUAAUACCUUUUAAGCACAAUUUUGAUAUCAAAGUUAGUCGAAAAAGUAUUUUUCACUGCAAAAUGUCGAGUGACAGCAGUGACUCGGAAAUGGACGUUCCAAAACAAAAGAAAAAUUCCACAGAACCACCGGUAAAGCGGAAGCGGUUGCAGGAUUACCUGGAUGAGAAAGCUGCCAGAGAUGCAGCAGAACGAGCUGAAAUGGAAUUGAAACGACGUCGUAAAAUGGGUCUUAAGGACGACGAUGAUCCAGAGGCAGAGGUCUCUUACCCCGUAAUAAAUCCGAUAAACUUGAUCAAGAAUAAAGAGAUACGCUCCAGGAGGUUCAAAAGGCUACAAUCGAGCAAGAAGAAGGAAGAAAAAGCAGCUCGGAAAGCCCGUAAGCUCGAGGGUGGCCCCAAAGACCCGGGACAUACGAUAGAAAGCUUGCGAGAGAAAGAUCAAACGGCCAUAGCUAACGUGACCGAAGAAGAUAACGAAGAAAUCGCAAACGAUCUCGAGAACGAUGAGUUCAACGAGUACUACAAAAAAACCUACGAGCCAAAGGUUUUGAUCACGUACAAUGCCACGCCGCACAGCCGUACGCGAAAAUUCGGAGCAGAGCUAGAGAUGAUCGUCCCUAAUGCUCACAUAUACGCUAGAAACAAUACGAAGCUGAAAAACGUAUGCAAAAGCGCAAUCCGGGAGGAAUACACAGAUAUUGUGGUAAUCAACGAGAACAACAAGCAACCGGAAGGAUUACUGGUAAUCCAUCUACCGGAUGGACCGACGGCACAUUUCAAGGUAAGCAACUUCAAAUCUCUCAAAGAUCUGAAGAAACGUCGCAAAAAUGUGAGCAGCCAUCGACCGGAGGUGAUUCUGACCAACUUUAGCACUCGGCUGGGUCUGACCAUCGGACGAAUGCUGGGAUCGCUGUUUCACUAUGAGCCCGAAUUCCAUGGCCGCCGAGUGGCCACCUUUCACAAUCAGCGUGAUUACAUCUUCUUCCGGCACCACAUGUAUGAGUUCGAUAAAAAUGGCAAACGCGUCAAGCUGCGGGAACUGGGACCCAGAUUUACGCUCAAGUUGCGUUCCCUGCAGCAGGGCCUAUUCGACAGCAAGUGCGGAGACUACGAAUGGAUGAUCACCAACAAACGGCAUCAAAUGGAGAGUAGGAGACGAUUUUUCCUAUAAUUUUGGUAGGUAUAGUGUUUCAUUCUUGAAUAUUAUAUUUGAAUUCCUUCCGUAAAU